CCUCCCGAGACCCUGCCGACACCAACCUACCUACGCUACCUACCGCCCCCGGGGAUUGAUGAUCAACAAAAAAAACCUUUACAUCAACAAGUUUGGUUCUUAUGCGCUUGUCGUUUGUUGCCAAGUCUGCAAGAUAAAUAUUGGCAAUCGAGAUCCUCCUGCAAAGUUUUUUAAUUUGUGUUUUCCUUUUUGAACCAUCGAUCUCUCUCUUACCUUUCCCAACGCAUCUAUCCGUCCAUUUUUCGCUGGAAACUGAAUCCACAUCCAGAAAGAACAACAACACCACUACCAACCUAAAGAUUUCCUAGUUCGGACAUCUCCAUCCAUCUAUCGUAUACCACACACACAAUACCCACCAGAGCCACGAAGCUCCAUACCAGACAGACAGACAAAUCCCCAAAAUGUCAGCCCAACAACCAACCGAACGCCCUCAACCCCCCAAAUCCGAAGGCUACCGACACGGCGGCACCGCCACCCCAUCCUCCAAUUUGAAGCCCACCAUCACCAUGUCCAUGUCCCCUCACUACACCCUCCCCACCUCCAAAGCCGGAACCCCUCUCAACUCCGCCCCCGGCACGCCCGUCAGCGGCACCCUUCCCAGCCUCUCCAGCCUCUCCAGCCUUUCCGUCUCGGGAGGCUACCCAGUCCCGCCCCGCGGCCCAAUCCGCAUGCUCUCCGAACACGCCGUCUCCGACACCCCUUUAACCUCGGACCCCUACGGCGGCGCUUCCUCUGCCUCUGCUUCCGGCGGUGACUACAUGUCCUACCGCCGUCCCACCAACGCCCAAUCCCAACUCCCCACCGCCGAACUGCGAAGUAACCUCGCUGCCACUGCCACUGCCACUUCCGCUACUGCAGCCAUGGGCGCAAGCGGUGCCGGCGCAUGGGGUUCCUCGCGCGGAAUCAUUGGUGGUUCCGGACCAGCCAAUCCUCGCGAGGCAAGGGAGACGCAGUACGUUUCCUUGUCUGGGUCACGGAACAAUAGUAGUACGGCAUUGAAUGGGAUGGUUUCCUCCAGAGGUCAUCCACUGGCUAAAGGAGAGAACAUGCAGCAGCAGGGUGAGGUAAAGACGGAAGGAGAACAGAUGGCGCCGUAUGGAGAAGGGGAGGUGGCGCGUGCUGUGGAGGGGCAGGCGAGAAAGAGGAAUACCAAUACCAAUACCAAGAGACGGGAGUCGAUGGCGCAGGGAGAGGAACAGGGGAAAAGACCGAACUUGAGUUUGGCGCAAUUGGGAGAAGGAGGAGAAGGAGAAGGAGAAGGAGAAAAAGAAGGAGAAAAAGAGGGAGAAGCGGGGAGUGAUCACCAUGGAAGAGAAAGGAUGGGGAGCGCGAGUCAGAGGGAGGCUAGUGGUGAGAGGCAUGGACGGGUGAGAGGGGAGGUCAGUUUGGAGCCUUCGGAGGCUGAUUUGGAGAGAAAAAAGAUGCAGCAGUCUUGGAAGCGGGAGGAGAUCAAGCAGGCGAGAAAAGCAGGAAAGGAUGUCGACGGGACGAGCGGGUUGAGCGGAAGACAGCCUAGGCCUGAAGUAUAAGGAGUGUCUGUCCUCCAUGAGAGUGCUGUUGGAGGGGUAUUGUUUUGGUGUCGAAAUCUUAGACUAUUAGACGGACGUUUUAGAUGUGUGUGCGUUUUUUUUUUCUUUUUCUUUUUUUCUUCUCAUUCUAGAUUGGUGUGUUUCAGAUUAUCGACAAAAGUGGUACACUGAAGGUGGUUGUAAGAUAUGGUAGAAAAAGGUAUAUUCAUGUGACAAUUUACAUUGGACUACUGUACCCAA